AUGACGGAUGAGAUAGUGGCGCUCGAACCCGCCACUACACACGUGGCUCGUCGCUCCAAACUCGACGAACUUCUACAGUCGGUCGCCACCGGUGGAGCCACUCCGAGAAGCAACUCGUGGAGCCGAGAACAGCAAGCGGACAUGCAGGCCCACCAGCUCACACAAUCUGCUCGCUCACCAAGAAGCAAGGCAAGUCAAGGCUAUCUGUCUUAUUUCGGCCAUCUUUCCAACCCUUCUCCCGCGCGACUUCCGAUUCACGCGUUUUUUUUGUUGAGUUACUACUACUACUACUUUUCUUACAAACAUGCAUAUAGUGUUUUUUUGGCAAGGUUGCCUUGGUAUUAA